AUCGCCGGCUCUACUCAAAAACCGUCACAAUGAAGUCGAAUUUCUGUUUCUUUUUCCUCUCUAUUUCUCUCCUCUUCCUUCCUGAUCUCAUCUGUGCUGACGACGAGGAACCCAUCGGAAAAUGGAUUCCAAUAAAGGAUCUGACUGACUCGUACCUUCAGACCAUAGCUGUAUUUGCGGUGGGCGAUAUCAACCAGCAGUCUAAAAAGACUCUGACGCUGAAUAGGAUCCUUGAGGGAGAAAAAAACACAGUAAGGCUUGCAACUGAAACCCAUUACCGGCUGCUUUUGGCCGUGAAAGAUGGCGCACAGAGUGAGAGGUAAGAGGCUGUCGUAAGGGAUGUCCCUGCGGACUAUAUAAGAGAACUCAUCUCAUUUAAACAAGUUAAGUAGAGUUUCAUUUUUAUUAUUAUUCUUAAAAAAUACUAAUAAAUGUUUGACGUUGUU